AUGCCGGAAGCAAUUAAAGGCCUCAUCAUCCACCGGGGCUCGGUGUCAUCACCUCUCUUCGACAAGAAAACUAACUGUCACACAACAACAGACGCAGCAGCAAACAACAAUCAACUUGUCAAUGAUUCUGCAGAGAAGAAGGCAUUUGUGAAAGACUUUGAGCCGAGGCCAAAUGUUAGUGCUUAUCAUGACGAUAAAGUUGAUCUGGAAGGCAAGCCAUUUGUUAAAGAUUUUGAGUUGAGGCCAAAUGUUAGUGCUUAUCAUGACGAUGAAGUUGAUCCGAAAGGCAAGCCAUUUGUUAAAGAUUUUGAGCCAAGGCCAGAUGUUAGUGCUUAUGAACAUUGA